UCUUUACACUUUAAGAAAACUAUCUGUUAUCGUAACUCGAGGGAACGGCUGUGUAUUAAUUAUGCAUCAAUACUCGACGAAUGAUGAAUAUUCCUGCGUUGUAGGCGGAAUAAAGGCUUCGCCGCCAGUCAAUCAUCAUAAUGCAUCUUAGAUUCGGCUCUGGAGAGAGGAAGUUAAUGCAGCUGAGGUCUUUUUGUCCCAUUGUAUUGUGUUCGUAUUCAAGCAGCUCAUUUCGGAAUCACCUUAAUGGACGAGAACGUUAUCUUCCAAUACAUCUAAUCAACUGUCUCAUAUAUGACGUGGUUACGAUACGCUAGGAAUAAAAAACAUCAUCCCAGAAAACACAAUUGAGGUGAUAAAAAGGGAACAGUAGUGAAAAAUAUAUAUAGAUUAUUUCCCUUGCUCUUGGCUUUAAUCCUCCACAAAUGGACUACAGACGGAAAAUCGAGCUAUUAUUCGGGCUUGCUGAAACGGUAACCCCCGUUUCCUGUGUACGGUCAUCUUAGGCCAAGGGAGGCGGCUAAAAGCAUUGUUUGUCAUUGUCUUAAACCAAGACACAGCUACUACCAACGACGAACUCCAUCAGUCAAAUUAAACUUCAUUAUCCAUUGCUCAAAAGAAACUUUCAUAUUGAAACCUGACAUUAAUGCCUUUGGGUGUUUGUUCCGUUUAGGCUUAAUUCUGUCGCUAUUUUCCUCGGCCAGAGCUAGCGAACAUACGUAAUAAAUUCAUUCCACAGAGAGUAAAAAGAAACAUCUUGAUAAAAAAACUCUUUACCAUUAAAUAUCUAUUUUAAACAAUCUGUGACUAAGACACGACAGAACUGGUGUACGCUGGGCUGGGAUCGUACUUCUUUCCUUUUCUUCGUCUGUUUGGAGGCAGACGAUCCACAAACGUGACAGAAAGUGACAUUAUUUCAAGAAAAGACACAGUUGCCAUGGCCAACUUGAUAUCUUCUUCCAUCUUCCUUCUGUUCGUCUGCCUCGCUGUCGCAGAUACAAAUUUUAUGCGUACCCACCUAGGCAUCAGGAGAAGUUUCCAAGAACGCUCCAAUAUACUAGAAAGAAUACUGGACAGCGAACAGCAUACAUUUCCGGGUGAAGACAAAAUGCUGGAACAUUCAAGUGAAAGAAGAGGACACGCUGAUUUUGGUUUGAUGUCCAGACAUUUUGCUGGGUCAGACUACGCUAGAGCUUUGGAAGCUAAUAAAAUAGCUGCCGAUCCAUUUGGGCCUGGACGAAAGAAGCGCUUUGUUUGAAGAGUCACAUCGUUUGCCUUGCAUACAAGACUUUCACCGAGACUCCAAGGCGCAUUUAACAGUGCUACAGAAAACCUUCACACACCAAUAAUACAAUUGCAGGCCUAUAGUUCCACCAACCUUUGGAAUAAUACUGACAAUACAUACUAGUCUAUACAGGGGUAGCUACCGAUAUCAAGGUACUAAAACAGCAGGGUUUAAGCUGUUCAAUGAAACGUGGCAAAUUUGGUCAAGAAAUAUUUAUCCAAAUAUGAGGUUCAAUUAGCCAAACAAAAUUAACACCAACGCAACAGAGCGAAGUGCUCCCAAUGGCAAAGCUGAUGCCGAUCAAUCGAUCAACCAACCACCUGACUCGUGCUUACAUCCACUAAAGGUUCAAGCACGACUGUCUUGGGCAUAUUCUCCUCUGAGAUUCCUCGGUGGGUGUGUCCAAAACAAGUUGAUGCCGAGUACGAACUCUUCUGAGAUUGAUCUGAUUGAAUAAUAAGUUGAUGUGCGGACAAAGUAAAGAACGAGGAAACUAAAAUGACGGUAGAUCUUCAAACGACACACGAUUUUCGACUUAGCAGUUUGGCGAAUUAGUAAAGAAAUAUGUUUAACUUUUAAUUCGUAUUUGGCGAUUUGGCGAACAUCAGCUUAAACCCUGACUUGAACCCUAGAGUACACAUUUUAAAAAUAAAUAAAGUUGAAAAAAACCCCCCAACAUUUGUAAAGACGGAUACCAAAUGAUUAUUUUUAUCACAAGAACGUAGAAAAUCAAAUAAUGCUUGCAGGUCACAGACUAUUGUAAACAUCCCAUCGGCAGAAGUGUGAUGGCCCCGAAGCAACGCUCUUCGCUCUUACUACCCAUCACUGAGUGUCCAGUAUAUCGAUACUACUACUACUACUACUAUUACAAGAACUACUACAACGACAACAACUAUUACUACAACUACUACAACAACAACCACUACAACUACGACGACGAUUACUACUACAACUACACCAACUACUACUG